CCCACAUCAUUUAGAAACAAUCAAUCAACCCCACGACAGCUUAAAGGGUAUAUAAACUCUUCAGAGGUUCCACGCUUUACAAGUCUAGGAGCUACAAGAAAAGCAUGGACAAGACCACUAUUUCCAGCUCUUCAAUGGAUGCAGAACAAACAAGCCAGACGUCAUUUGACGCCAGCCUGUUGAACAGCCUCUCCGCGUCCACACAAGAUUCGUUUGUGGAUAAUUUCUACAUCGACAUUCUGUCCGAUGCAUCUACGACCGAAUCUCCAAAGCCUCAGAGUGAGAGUCGACGGGAUUCGACGUUAUCGGAAACAACUGAUACAAAUUCCCACCUCUAUCCCAAAGCGCUGACCAACGGUAACUGUGAUAGGUCUCCAAGUUCUCGCAAUCAGCAAGUAUUCAUGUAUGUAGGGGCCUUUUCUAAUAACGGGGAAUCCACUCAAAGCACCAAAAAACCUAGUUCGAAGUUAUCCUUAUCGCCGAAUGGACCACCUAGAGAUAGUCUCCAUAUAUCUGAAGAACUACUGUCUGCAUCGUCAGAGGUUUUUGCGAAAAGGACGGCCCCACCUAAGGAUUUGACCCACAAACAACGGAUACUGAAAGGAACGCAUAGCCCGUCGGGUGAGUCGCCAGACGUAAUCCCAGGCAAUGUCUCCGGAAUUUUGCAUGACGAUGCGACAGUAGACGUAAAAGCGAAGAGGUCUCUUACAGAGGUAGCUGGGACACAACCGUCGUUUAAAAAAGGGCAUGUUUUACAAGACAUAACAAAAUCCACAAAUUUCCGUGCAUCAAGACAAUUAAGUCCUUCACACCGCUUACCAAAUACAAAUAAGAAACAAAAGCAAAAAAAUAAGAAAAAACCCCAGUAUUCUCAAAGUGUAUUAGAAUGCUGUUGGUGGUGUACGAAUACAAUCGUCUUCUCGUAUGAGCUCGAAACCUGUGCUGAGCGUACACUCGCCAGGCUACGUAAGGCUUUGGCUACUGAUGUUGUGUUGAAACAAGGUAGACGUUUCAACCUCUUACUUCACAAGGUUAGGGAGCCAUUUAGAAGCGGGUACAACCUCGUAGCGACAGACGCACAACACGACGUGACUGCCCGUACAACAGCCUGUUUAACACACACUGGGGAUACACCGGCUUUAAGCGCCUGGCUUGAAUCGGAAAUUAGCUUCUGGACUGAUUUACUGGUCGUUAUCGACUCUGUGAGAACGGAGCUGCGUGAAUUUUUUGGUACGGUUGGCCCCGAUGACAUCAGACAGCCUGGCAUUUUGAAUCGUAUGGCGUGCAUUGCUAAGGCUACGGCGCACUUUCGCGAAGGGGUUCAUUUGUUGAAGACAGGCAUGGCUGGUGGGGUUUUAUCUCACAAACAAAUGCGGUAUAGACAUAUUACCAGACGUCGAGCCAACGCAGUUAAACGAUGCAUAAAGACAUUGGCACGGGCAGUACGUUUAGCACGGGCUAGAAGUUUGGCACCUAGUGUGGCGACACUUCCUGUUUGA